CCAGCCGCAGGGAUUUGACAGAGCCACUGCUGAAUAGGCAGUUUGUCAUUUGAGAUUCUUGCACAGGGGAGUUAGCUGAUUGGGCAGUUUUUGAGGAUGAGUCACUUGGGUCCAGGGUUGGAGUGAGAAUGGGUUGGAAUGUGGAAAGGCCCAAAUGUGAGGAGCACUGAAGGCCGGAGUCCUGGGGCUCAGCUAGAAAGCAUGCCAGCAGGAAAGAGUCUAACGCCGCUCUGGUGUGCCUACGUCUAAAUUUGCACAUUUUGGAAAUGUUCAUCUUUGCAGAUCAGAUAAUAAAUACUGAAAUUUUGGCACUGGUCCUGUUCCUGUUGGCUUGUAAUUUUUCAGUAGUGCAUGUAGCAUUAUUUCAAAACGGUAUCCAGUGCUUGCCUUUCUUCAGUGAAAAUAAGAAUUAUAAAAGUUAGGUAUGCAUAUAUCACAUCCUCUAUGGAUGGAGUGUUGUGAGCCAAUUCACAAUAAUUGGUUUUAAAAGGCCAAGAAAGUUCAGUAUUCUGUGCCUCAGUUUUGAUUUUGGCCUCUGUUACUUGCUUAGCAUUUUCCCCCAAGAGGUAACACUAGAAAUAGGUAUUAAAUUAUAUUAAAUGGCUUGGUUGGCUUCAAUUAGUUAUGAUACAUUUGUUAAAGUUUCUUUCUUCUAUCUUACAAUUUAAUAUAAGUUCAAAGCUAUCAGCUAAAUAGAGGGGCAGCAUUUCAUUUGAUUUGAAGAUAAAUAAAACAUUUUGUUCUCUACAAAUCAAGAGUUUCUUAUAAAUUGAUAACUUUUAGGAAUAAGAAAAUUGAGAGUGUCUUUGCAUGCAUUUUUGUUCCACUUGAGUAUUUACUUGCAAAAUUCUGCACAGAGGUCAAAUGAAGUGAAAUUGAGGACGAGCACAGCCUGAGUAUAUAAAGCCAUGAAUUCAGUAACCCUGGAGAAGAGAUAUUCAUGUUUCGUUGUGCCUGUGGUAACAUAACGGAAUUAUUUUUCCAUAGCACUUCUCCUGUACCUCUUUCUCCUGCUCUGAUUACUACCUUUUUCUUCUGUAGGAUUAUGGAAUGUGGGAACGGGGAGAUAAGACUAAUCAGGGCAUUCCGGAAUUGAAUGCAAGCUCUGUAGGGAUGGCCAAGGUCUAAGGUCUUGCUGUUGUCUGAGCACCUGGAUGUGUGAUAUCCAGUCGUCUUUUCUGGGUUAUAAAGAAGGUUGAAGAAAAUAACCGCUUUGUAGGGCAGGGCUUACAAGUUCAAGUCUAUGGGGUCAGGUCAGGCAACUCUUGAGGCAAUUGAUGAACUGGACCUUUUUGGAGCCCAUGGAGGACGCAAGUCUGUGAUCCACGUCCUGCCUGAUGACGUCGAACACUGCCAGUCUAUUCUGUUCUCCAUGCUGCCAAGAGCAUCAACAUCUAAGGAGAUUGACGCUGGACUUCUUUCCAUUAUCUCUUUCCCGGCCUUUGCAGUGGAAGAUGUGAACCUCGUGAAUGUGACCAAAAAUGAAAUUAUUUCCAAGCUCCAGGGGCGUUAUGGAUGCUGUCGCUUCCUUCGAGAUGGUUAUAAAACCCCAAGAGAGGACCCAAACCGAUUACAUUAUGACCCUGCUGAGCUCAAGCUCUUUGAAAACAUUGAAUGUGAAUGGCCUGUGUUCUGGACGUAUUUCAUAAUAGAUGGGGUCUUCACCGGAGAUGCCGUUCAGGUGCAAGAAUACCGAGAGGCCCUGGAGGGAGUAUUAAUCAGAGGCAAGAACGGGAUCCACCUGGUGCCAGAACUGUAUGCCAUCCCGCCCAACAAGGUUGACGAAGAGUAUAAGAAUCCCCACACAGUGGACAGAGUCCCUCUGGGGAAGCUGCCCCAUCUGUGGGGUCAGUCCCUGUACAUCCUCAGCUCGCUGUUGGCAGAGGGAUUCCUUGCCACCGGGGAAAUCGAUCCCUUAAACAGAAGAUUUUCCACUUCCGUCAAACCUGACGUUGUAGUACAAGUUACUGUUCUGGCAGAAAACAGCCACAUUAAGGACUUGCUGAGAAAACACGGGGUAAACGUCCAGAGUAUUGCUGACAUUCAUCCAAUCCGAGUCCAGCCAGGCCGGAUUCUUAGUCACAUAUAUGCCAAGCUUGGACGGAAUAAGAAUAUGAAAUUGAGUGGGCGACCGUAUCGGCACAUUGGCGUCCUUGGAACAUCUAAGCUAUAUGUGAUUAGGAACCAAAUCUUUACUUUCACACCCCAGUUCACCGACCAGCAUCACUUCUACCUGGCCCUGGACAAUGAGAUGAUCGUGGAGAUGCUGAGGAUCGAGCUGGCCUACCUGUGCACCUGCUGGCGGAUGACGGGCAGACCCACGCUCACCUUCCCCAUCACCCACACCAUGCUCACAAAUGAUGGCUCAGACAUUCAUUCUGCAGUUCUUUCUACAAUUAGAAAACUAGAGGAUGGAUAUUUUGGAGGAGCCAGAGUAAAAUUAGGGAGCCUUUCGGAAUUUCUUACCACGUCUUUCUACACAUAUCUGACCUUCCUGGAUCCAGACUGUGAUGAGAAGUUGUUUGAUGAUGCCAGCGAAGGGAGCUUCAGUCCCGAUUCAGAUUUGGGAGGGUAUUUGGAAGACACCUAUAAUCAAGUUACAGAAAGCGAAGAUGAACUUGACCAGUAUAUCAACCACCUCCUACAAAGCACAUCCUUGAAGUGCUAUCUGCCCCCUCUUUGUAAGAAGACAGAAGACAGCCAUGUUUUCAGUGCCAUCCACUCCACCCGGGAUAUACUUUCCGUGAUGGCAAAAGCAAAGGGUUUGGAAAUUCCAUUUGUUCCCAUGACUUUGCCAACUAAAGUUCUGAGUGCCCACCGUAAAUCACUAAAUCUUGUUGAUUCUCCUCAGCCACUCCUAAAAAAGGCCCCCGAAGAGGACUCCCAGCGGCCCAGAGAUGACCAGGGUGAUGUGGACUGUGAGAAGCUGGUGGAACAGCUGAAAGACUGUGUGAACCUACAGGACCAAGCGGACAUUCUGUACAUUCUGUAUGUAAUAAAGGGCCCCAGCUGGGACACAAAUCUCUCCGGACAGCAUGGGGUCACAGUUCACAACCUUCUCAGCGAGCUCUACAGGAAGGCUGGCUUGUAUCAGGAGUGGGGUUUGAUCCGCUACAUCUCUGGCCUGCUCAGGAAGAAAGUGGAGGUCCUGGCAGAGGCCUGCACGGACCUGCUGUCACACCAGAAGCAGCUCACGGUGGGCCUGCCGCCGGAACCCCGGGAGAAGACCAUCUCGGCUCCUCUGCCCCCUGAGGAGCUCACAAAACUCAUCUAUGAAGCCAGCGGGCAGGACAUCAGCAUCGCAGUCCUCACACAGGAGAUUGUUGUUUACCUGGCCAUGUACGUCAGGGCGCAGCCCAGCCUUUUCGUGGAGAUGCUCAGACUCCGCAUCGGACUGAUCAUUCAGGUGAUGGCCACGGAGCUGGCACGGAGCCUGAACUGCUCAGGAGAAGAAGCUUCUGAAAGUUUGAUGAACCUCAGCCCUUUCGACAUGAAAAGCCUCCUGCACCAUAUUCUGAGUGGAAAAGAGUUUGGCGUCGAGAAAAGCAUGCGACCUAUCCAUUCCUCCACAUCCAGCCCUGCCAUCUCCAUCCACGAAGUGGGACACACUGGAGCCACCAAAACCGAGAGGAGUGGCAUUAACAGGCUGAGGAGCGAGAUGAAACAGAUGACUAAGCGAUUUAGUGCUGGUGACCAGCUGUUUUCUGUGAGCCAGGCCGUGUCCAGCAGUGCGCGUUCCUCCAAGUCUGCGAGGUGCAGCACCCCAUCCUCGCCCACCGGCACUUCAUCAUCAGACUCAGGCGGGCACCACAUUGGCUGGGGGGAGCGCCAGGGCCAGUGGCUACGCAGGAGAAGGCUGGACGGAGCCAUCAACAGGGUCCCUGUGGGAUUCUACCAGAAGGUGUGGAAGAUCCUUCAGAAGUGCCACGGUCUGUCCAUCGACGGUUACGUGCUCCCAUCGUCAGCGACGAGAGAGAUGACCCCCCAGGAGAUCAAGUUUGCCGUCCACGUCGAGUCGGUGCUGAACCGCGUGCCGCAGCCCGAGUACCGGCAGCUGCUGGUGGAGGCCAUCAUGGUGCUGACGCUGCUCUCCGACACCAACAUGAACAGCAUCGGGGGCAUCAUCCACGUGGACCAGAUCGUGCAGAUGGCCAAUCAGCUGUUCCUGCAGGACCAGAUGUCAAUCGGAGCCAUGGACACCCUGGAGAAAGACCAAGCCACAGGCAUUUGCCACUUCUUUUACGACAGUGCUCCAAGUGGCGCUUAUGGGACAAUGACCUACCUAACGAAGGCAGUGGCUUCUCAUUUGCAGGACCUGCUGCCCAGUUCAGGCUGCCAGAUGCAGUAGGGCCUCGCUGCUGUCAGUCUGUCACUUGCCCCCUAGCCUCGUCGGGAACCGUCUGUUCUCCAAGGUCCCCUGUGUUGGCGCAAAAGCCUGUCCCAUCAGAAACCCUGGCUGGGAGGAGGUGGCAGCAAUGGACCUGAAGCCAGUGUGUGUCCAAGCCACAGAAAGAGCUGAGCAGUCCUGUGCUCCCCCCCGGGAGUGCCAUGGGAUCGCUGUCUAGGUUCGCUUCGCUGUAACAUUUGCCGCAACAUCUGGCCUCGGAGUCUGAAGAGGAAUUGGAAAUUGGUCUCUCUUGAGGGCAGUGUGAACAGAGAAACCAGCUUAAAUUGGCUCUCGCUGAGAGCUACUGAAAUCAGUCGGAUGUGCUAGUGGACACAUCUAAAGAUGGGAAGAUCCUUCCAGCAGCGGGCAUGGACCUUGACAAGGGGAACAUCUUAACAGGAUGCAGUCGGUCUGUGGACCAAACGGUUUACCAAAUAGAACAACUCUAUCUUUCUGUGGAA